CAGAAAAUUAUAGAACCUCUCUCGAUCCUUUCCUCCGUAAAUUCCAUCAAAAUGAGGGCUAAAACCACAAGCUCCGCUGAAUUGCAGAAAAAUUCAGGAACUAGAUUCUAAUUCCGUCUGAGCUCCUUGAAGUAGAGAGGAAGUCCCUGUUCAUCUGCUUCUUUAUUUCUUUCCAUAUUCUGAGGGCAUUUUGGGGAUUUUUGGAGGCGAGGGUAGAAUCGGAUGGCGGUGGAGUACCGAUGUUGCGAAUCGGAGUUCUUCGUACACAUACUGAUAAUCAUAUUGUUGGUGUUAUUUGCUGGAUUGAUGUCCGGUCUUACGCUCGGUCUGAUGUCGAUGAGCCUCGUCGAUCUUGAAGUUCUUGCCAAAUCAGGAACUCCUCAGGAUAAGAAGCACGCAGCAAAGAUAUUGCCAGUUGUCAAAAAGCAGCAUUUGUUGCUUUGCACACUCCUUAUCUGUAAUGCUGCUGCUAUGGAGGCACUUCCCAUUUUCCUCGAUAGUCUGGUUACAGCAUGGGGUGCUAUUCUGAUCUCAGUGACAUUGAUACUUCUGUUUGGCGAGAUAAUACCGCAGUCUGUGUGUUCACGGUAUGGUUUAGCAAUCGGGGCAGCAGUGGCUCCGUUUGUCCGUGUACUUGUUUGGAUUUGUUAUCCUGUUGCAUUCCCAAUAAGCAAGCUGUUGGACUAUUUGUUGGGGCAUGGACAUGUAGCUCUUUUUCGUCGGGCUGAGUUGAAAACCCUUGUUAAUUUGCAUGGGAAUGAGGCUGGAAAAGGUGGUGAACUGACUCAUGAUGAGACAACAAUCAUAGCUGGAGCUCUUGAACUCACAGAGAAAACAGCUAGAGAUGCCAUGACUCCUAUAUCCGAUACUUUUGCAAUUGAUAUUAAUGCAAGGCUUGACAGGGAUUUGAUGAAGUUGAUUCUGGAUAAAGGACACAGCAGGGUGCCAGUCUACUACGAACAACCUAUAAAUAUAAUUGGACUUAUUUUGGUAAAGAAUCUAUUGUCCAUACAUCCUGCAGAUGAGGUACCCGUAAAAAAUGUUACCAUCCGCAAGAUUCCGAGGGUUCCGGAAGACUUGCCUUUGUAUGACAUCUUGAAUGAGUUUCAGAAAGGUCACAGCCACAUGGCGGUUGUUAUACAGCGCAGCAUGUCAGGGGAGCUGCCAGUUAGCAAGAACUCAAUUGAUGGAUCUAGCAAAGACGUGAGGUUGGACAUUGAUGGUGAAAAGCCGCCUCAGGAGAAGAGCACAAAGGGAAAAAAGCCACUCCAGAAGUGGAAGAGCUUUCCCUCCAACAUGCAAAAUUCGAAUAGGGGAACUCCAAGAAGCAAGAAGUGGGCAAGGGACAUCUUCUCCGAUGUUCUGCAGGUCGAUGAUACCCUUCUUCCAAAGCUCACUCAAGAUGGAGAAGCCGUUGGAAUAAUAACCAUGGAAGAUGUUAUUGAAGAGCUACUGCAGGAGGAGAUCUUCGACGAGACAGAUUAUCAUGAAGAUUUAUAACAGGUUCCUUCCCACGCUGUAUACAUUUCUGAAAUUCCUUUCUUUUUUAGAUGGCAGUGAUAUACGAAGAGCCUGGUUACGGAUGCAUGAACUUGUUCAGUGCUAAUUCAGGAGAUGCAGCUGGACAAGAUUAACUUGAAUGGGCCAAGGUUUCCUAUUGUGUGUAUGAUGCAUUUGUAAUUAGUGAUCUUGUAUGGAUUAGGAAAGAAUUUUAUGGAUUUUGUUUGUUGGAUAAUGUGAGUUGUAAUUUGUUUAAAUGUGGCCAUGAAGCGAAAGAAUCAGAAAUAUCAAUACUUUCA